AUGUCUGAAUCGCCAGAACCCUCGGUAUCUGCGCCGGCAGAGCACCCAACUGGCUCGCCCGCAGCCGCAUCACCGCAAUCCGAAGAGAAACAUGACAUCAACAGCAACGAAGAACAGGUGGAAGAGACAGAAAAUGAGACUAAACCAUCCGAUGAACCCGAGAGACAGGCGAAAACGCCGGAAUCGGUUGAAUCGCCAAAAGAUGAAGAAUCAGCUGCGCCACCAUUGCCCGAUGAGGCCCUUCCACCUCUCCCCGAGGAAGCCCCGCCAGCAACACAGCCCGCCGACGAUGGAUGGGAACCUGUAUGGGAACCUAAUUUGCAAGCCUAUUAUUUCUACAACCGCUUCACCGAAGCCACACAAUGGGAGAACCCUCGCGUCCCCGAGAUCCCCGCCGCACCGGGCACCGAAACCAUCCAAGCACCAGUGCCAGAACCCAAGAAAGAACCCGUCCUUGGCGGCUACAACCCAGCGAUUCAUGGCGACUACGAUCCUACUGCAGACUACGCGCGCCAAUACGAAGACCAAUCCGGCCAAGACCCCAACGCGCUUGGUGUCGAUCCCACUGCCGCAUAUGCUGCCACUGGUACUUUCAACCGCUUCACUGGCAGGUGGCAGGCCGAUGCUAUCAAUCCCGAAAACCACAACGAUGAGAACAAAUCGCGACGACAAAUGAAUGCUUUCUUCGACGUCGAUGCUGCGGCGAACAGUCAUGAUGGUCGCAGCUUGCGCGCUGAACGUAGCUCCCGCAAGCUCACAAAGGCCGAGCUAAAACAGUUUAAGGAGAAGCGUCGCGAGAAGAAGGAGGAGAAACGGCGUGCUUGGUUGAGAGAUUAG